GUGAACCGGGUCGGGUUUGGGUACUCAGAGUCAGAGACAGCAGCGUCGGCCUAAGUUUAUGUUUUUAGCAGAUAAGGCAGUCUGGGAGAGAAGGGAGGCCCAAAAAAACUCUCGACUCGAGCUCCUCUUUCUCUCUGCGCCUGCGGUGGGUGAAGCUUGGCUCUCGUCAUCGUCCGCCUUCUGAAGCCAAAGGUAGAACCUUCACUCUUCCGUUGUUGCCAUCCUUGCACUUUUUCAGACUGCGCUUCUUCUUCAUUCAAUUACUGCAUUUGGGUUUAUAAUUGAGCUUAUUUCCUCUAGCCUCCACCUCAACUGUAGCAAAAAAUGGGCAUAGCUAAGCUGGAGAAAGAAUUGCCUUGUUUUGAUGUCUCUUGUUUCGCCUUCAAGGGAAUCCGCUAGCUGUUAUAGCUUGCUUAUAGUUAUAGGGCAUGUUUCAGAGGCUCAGAGCUUUCAUGUUUUCUUUUCUCAGCAAGAAUGGAAAUGGCCUGCAAUCAAAACCCUACCAGCAUCAUGUGGUUCUUCCGAGACAGAGGUUUCGACGAGUCGGGCAUCAAUGACAUGUUCACCAAGUGCAAGCGUCUUGAAGGCGUGCACAAGGAUAGAGCAUCUGAGAACUGGGAUUUCUUGAAAAGCAUUGGCAUUCAGGAAAGGAAGCUCCCUUCAAUCAUCUCCAAGUGCCCCAGAAUCCUGACCCUUGGACUCCACGAGAGGCUCGUCCCAAUGGUGGAGUGUCUUGCUACCCUAGGCACCAAACCCCAUGAAGUUGCCUCCACCAUUACCAAGUUCCCUCACAUACUCGCUCACAGUGUGGAAGAGAAGCUGUGCCCUCUUUUGGCCUUCUUUCAGGCGCUCGGUAUUUCCGAGAAGCAAGUUGGCAAGCUGAUAAUGCUCAACCCGAGGCUGGUCAGCUAUAGCAUUGAUACCAAGUUGAAAGUGAUGGUUGACUUCCUUACUGGUCUCGGCUUGACCAAAAACGGCAUGGUUGGCAAAGUCGUGGUCAAACACCCCUUCAUUGUGGGGUACAGUGUCGAUAAAAGGCUUCGCCCUACAACCGAGUUCCUCAGGUCAUCAGUUGGCCUUACUGCAGCUGAUCUUCAAACCGUGGUUGUCACGUUCCCUGAGGUUCUGUGUAGGGAUGUGGACAAGACUCUGAAACCCAAUUUGGACUUUCUCAAGAGAUGUGGCUUUGGGGAUGCACAGCUGGUAGCUUUGGUCACUGGUUACCCUCCGGUUCUUAUCAAGAGUAUUCGGAAUUCUUUGGAACCGAGGAUCAAGUUUCUGGUUGAUGUUAUGGGGAGGCAACUUAAUGAAGUUGUUGAUUACCCGCACUUCUUCCAGUGUGGGUUAAGGAAGACGUUGCAAUCCAGGCACAAACUCUUAAGAGAGAGGAACAUAGAUUGUAGCUUGAGUGAUAUGUUGAGCUGUAAUCAUAAGAAGUUCUUCAUGAAGUAUGGUAUGGCUCAAGAACAAGCCAAAGGUUAAAUUCUGUCUGUUGUAAGAUUUCCUUCACGGACUUGGCAUAUUGAAUGGGAUUUGUGGAUGCAUUUUGAGGCCCAGCUUUUAUGUUUGCUCUGCAUGUGGGUGCCUUCUAGCCUUGUAGCUUCAUGGCAAGCUGCUAUUUCGACUAAGCGUCAUUUGUUCCUUAGAGAAACUUGUUGACAGCAUUUCACAGGCGAGCCUCUGUACUUGUUGGAUGUUUGCUUCCUGUUGUUACAGUUGAUUAUAUGGAACUGAUCAAUUUGCGCUUGUAUCUAUUGGGAUGUGGUGAAAUCUGCCUAUUGUAGUAUAUUAUGCUUCAAAGCCUACCAUACAAUACAAGCUAAAGUUAUAA